AAACUCUAGGCUAGUUCUUCGAUUUGCCCUAGCUCUCUCAAUGGAGAGGGGCAGCAAGGCGCGGAAAUGGGCGAUUGAUUUUGGCGAUGGCGCGUCGUCCAGGGAAGUCGCCGAUCCGCCGGGCUACUCCCGAGGCGCUUCUUCAGAGAUUGAAGAUGCUAGCGCUGCGAGGCAAAAGGAGAAGGUCGAGGCAUCGUGGAAACAACAGAAAGCAUGGGAAAUCGCUCAAGCUCCUUUCCGGAAUCUCUUCAUGAUGGGAUUCAUGAUGUGGAUGGCUGGGAACACGGUCCAUUUGUUCAGCAUUGGCAUUACGUUCUCGGCUCUCUGGCAGCCCAUCAGUGCUCUCCAAGGAAUCGGGAAAGUUUUCGAGCCAUACAAAGAUGCUCGAACGGACGUCCUAAUGCCCAAGCUCUUGUUCAUCGCCAUGAAUUUGGUGGCUCUUGGAAUGGGACUCUGGAAGCUAAACUCGCUGGGCCUUCUUCCUACUCAUGCCUCAGACUGGGUCUCGUCACUGCCUCCGCCACAGAUGGUGGAGUUUUCCGGAGGAGUUUUGUCGAGCUAAUGUGGAGCUUCUAAAGAUUUCCAUCGAAGAAUUAGCAGUGCUGAUUCUUUCUGGACGAUAUUGUGUUGAUUAACGUUCUUUGCUUUGAAAGAAAGUUUAAAAUGUA